AUGAAGGAUCCUAGCAGAAUUUUUAAUGGCGAUGAAACAAACUUUUAUUAUGGGCCAAAACUUGGACAAGUCGUUGCUCUAAAAGGCUCCAAGAACGUUUACGAAGUAGAUAUGGGAGGUGUGAAACAGAAUCUCACUGUGAUGUUCACCUUCUCAGCAUCGGGUACAAUAACACCGCCGAUGAUCAUCUUCCCAAACAAGAGACUUCCACAAUCGGUGAAGGACAGUGUUCCAGAAGGAUGGACAUAUGCGUUAACUGAUAAUGGUUGGAUGAAAUCCGAAACUUUUUUAUUGUACCUUGAAUUUGUCUUGCAUCCCAGCCUUAUCAAAUCUGGAGUUGUGUUUCCAGUAAUAGUAUUUGUUGAUGGACACAAAACACAUGUCACAUACCCAGUAAGUACUUUAUGCUCUAGGCUGGAGAUAGUCCUAAUAGCCCUAUAUCCUAACUCCACUCGAAUUCUUCAACCCGCCGAUGUUGCCAGUUUCAGACCCUUAAAAAAUCUUUGGCGUUAUGGGGUUUUGUACUGGAGAAGAAAUCAUCCAUUCAUGAAACUACGAAAGGAAGAUUUUGCUGCUAUUUUGUACACGGCAGUGGAAAAACUUGAUGCAACAACUAUAUUAAACGGCUUUAAAGCAUGUGGAUUAUUUCCUUGGGACUUCAAUGCAAUAGACUAUACCAAGUGCCUAGGAAAAAAUACCCAUAUUAUUGAUAGUGUAGAAGAACCAGAAGCAAAUAUUAGUGAAGGCCAAUCAGAAAAACAAAUAAGUUUGACUUUGUUCAAAAAGCUAAUAGGUGAUAAAUAA